GUAGUUGCUGAUUCUUUCAAAUAAAUACUUUGCUCCUACACUGAAACGAAGUACUGAACUUAGACAACUUAACGAACAUAAGUGCAUAUAGAUGUAUACGCCUGUACAAACGACUUAGAUGUAAAUAUAACCUAAAUGUUACACGUGAGAUAUUUGCUUAUACUUAAACAUUGAAUAUUAGUAAUGAAGAAAAUGGGAGUGAAACCAAAAUUGGUUGUUCAAUAUGAUUCUGAUGAUAGCGAUAGUGAGAAAAGUACCCAAAACAGUGCAGAGGAAGAAAGUGAACAAGAUGAAAAGGACGAUUUCCAAUUCUCAGAUGAGGAUGCUGAGUCUGAUUUAAGUGAUGGUGAAGACAUGGAUGAUGAUGAUGAUGAUGACAGUGAAAAUGAUGAUGCUGGUGAUGAUGAAGAUAAAACAGAAGUACCCACUGAAACAGUUCAAAAAGAUGACACUGACUCAAAUAAGGAAAGUGAUGAUGAAGAUGAUGAUAGUGAGGGUAUGGAUGUAGAUGAUGAAGAUGAUGGUGAUGGAAAUAAAGGAUGGGCAGACUCAAUAUCAAAAAUAUUGAACACAAAAAAGCCAGCCAAAAAGAAAAGCCUUGUUCUAUCCAAAGCCAAGCUUCUGGCAGACAGUAAAAAGGAUGUGCCAAAACCAAAAUCUGCAGGAUUUGAAAUUGUAAAAGAAGAUGGUAAAGUUGAUGAAGCAAAAAUUGAAGUUGCAAUUAAAAACGACAAGAAAAGGAAAGAGGAUUCUGCAAAACUAAUGAAAUUAUCCAUCAAAGGUUUAAGAAAAAUGCCAAAUGCAUUGGAGAGGCCACGUGAACGUGCUUUAUCGAAAACAGCAACAAAAGGUGUAGUCCAAUUAUUCAAUGCGGUUAGGAAGCAACAGAAGGAAAUUAAGGAUAAGCUUGAAGAAGCCGGUCCGAUGGAAUCCAAGAAAGAAAAGGCGAUGAUGAGCAUCGAUCGGGGCGCUUUCUUGGAUAGUUUAAAGAAAGACAAAUCCGUUAUAGUUGAUAAUUUAGAUGUUAUGAAAAAUUUGGGAAAGAAACAGCAGAAGGAGGUUGAAGGUGAUGAAAGCAGUUGGAGCGUGCUGCAGCCUAACUUCAGGAUGGGCGCUAACCUUAAGGACUGGGAUAAGAAGGAUGAAGAAGAACAGGAGAUGGAGGAAGAAAUUGAGUUUGCGUAA